AUGACACAUGUCAAGUUCCUCAAUCAAAAGCACGCCGGCUCCCUCGCGACGGUGCCUUCGCCUCAGAGUCUAAAUCGGCGUGGCAGCGUUUGUUGUGGUGAUUGGAGCGUCUCGCUCACACUAGAAUCGGGCCCUUUUCCCUCCCGACUGCCCGACCAAAAAAAUAAGCACGCGAGAACGGGCGAGCCGCGGGCCGCAUUCCUUGACUGGGUCGACGGCACAGCGAGCCCCGCGCGCCGCGCUCCCUUCGCCAGUCUUUUACGCGCGUCGUUCGCGAUCGCCCGUCCCUCGUACGCUCUCUAUAGCGCGCUGUGUUUAGUGUUUCUGUUAUUACACCGCACCGGUGACUUGUGA